AUGCGCAGCAACAAAACCAAACAUCUCAGUGUUGAUGUACUGCCGGCGGGUUUGUCUCUGUUACGGGCGUUGCUCCCAGAUAAGGAACCAAUAGAGUGCGAGAAUCAGCAAAAGAGUCAGAAUGGUCGUGGCUUUACUCUGCUUGGUCCUGCGGACUGGAGUUCAUCGGAGGACAAGUUAUGGGAUUCUGUUGCUCCGCUUCAGGAGCUGUACGGCUCCUUUUGGUAUUGGGCGAAUGAUAUUCUUCUCAAUGAUUGGGAUCAUAUGAUCCCCUACCUAGUUAAACAAGAGUGGGAGGGGCAAGGUGGUUGUCGAACAGUUGCUACCCUUGCCCGAAUUGCUGCUAAGAUCGGACCAGGUCAAAUUCCUACAAUGUCCUAUUAUGAAUGUUCCUCUGAAGACCAUACGGAAAGAAUAGCGUUCACAGAAGAAGUGUUCGAAAUAGUGUUCAGACGACAUUAUCAAAUCUGGUCUGACCAUCUUGGAUUUGACCAAUUUGCAAGAGAGUUUAAAGAGGCUUUAUUCCUCAGCAUGCGAGACCUGUUCAUUGACCGUCAAAUGGACGAAAGAAUUAAGAUGCCGUCUUCUUUGCCGUCUUUGUGA